AUGUCUGUUUCCUUGGAUAAACCAAAUUCUCUGGCUAGUUGCUUUCGGGAUGCUCUUCCUUCUGUUUUGAAAAAUUCCCGAAAUUCUGAGAUUUGGGGUGUUGAUUUGUUGCACGCAGAGUGGCAGGUACUGGAGCUGAUUUUGGGAAAGUUCCUCAGAAGACAUUCUGCAAUCCCCGCACUUCAACUCUCCAGGGCAAGUGUCUCACUUGAGAAAACUUUGGAAUGGCGACGCUUCUAUGACCCGAGGGCUCUCUUCACUGAAUUCGAGCCUCUGCUUUGUGACUUGGACGUGUGCCAUAUUACUUUAAAUGAGGGUCAGUAUGUGCUAUGGGUUAGCAUUGAUGAGAUGAAGAUUAAGGGAUACUCGCCAAUACAUCAAAUCCUGACGACAUCCAAAGGGUUGGUGAAGUUAGGUCUUGCUGUAAUGGAAAAGCUUUCCAUGCUUCUGCUGCAUGCAACCGCUAGUUCUGAUCUACAUGGCUAUUCAGCUUCCUGUGUGAUCGAAUUCAAGAUACAUGCCCCUCAAAAUACAAAGGAAGGACAACAGUCCUUCCAGAAAAAGCUACGCAAUGCCCUCGAAGAAUUGGUGACAUUCAUUCGGUACCACUAUCCCAAUAUACUGGAAAGGGCAUACAUCAUCAAUGCUCGGGAUGAAUACCUCGCAUACCUUGAUAUGGACGAAGGUCUCUUGAGAGAGACAAUAUUGCUGAAUAAACCAGAGGACCUUAGUCUAUAUCUUGGAUCACAAAUCCCACCUCAAUAUGGCGGUACUGGAAAAUCAUUUGGGGAAUCCGAUGUUCUCCAUAGCGACUGCCGUGCGAGGAAUUUAGGGAACAGCAGUCUCGAGACGCCAGAGAUCAGUACAGCAGCAAAUACUGACGUGGAGAAGACCAAGGUGGAAAAUGAAACUGCAGCUUCCGCUGUGAAUAUCAGCUGCACCAGUCGCGAAGGCUUGGAAACAGAGGCGCAGAAACUUCGCUUAUUUUACUCAGAAACCAUUGGACCUCCAUCUAUCAUACUUGACCCUGGCGAUUUGCAGACAGCAGAUGACCUUUGUCCCGGUAAAAUGGGCCCGCGUGUUGUUUUCGCAGAUUCAGACAUGGUUGUGAAAUUCGGCCCUGAUGUUUAUUUAGCCGAAGCCGAAGCGCUACAUUUGGCAUCUACCCGUACGACCAUAGCAACACCAAGGCUUCUGAGUGCAUAUAUUCUCGACGAUGUUGGAUACAUUGUAAUGUCAUAUGAAGCAGGCGAGCCACUCAAACGAUACUGGGACCGUGUUUCGAGUGCCGAGCAAGAUCGCGUACUGGAGCAGUUACGGGACUACGUGAACCAGAUGCGGGAGAUUCCAGGGGAUUUCAUCGGCGGACUUGACGAAUCGCCCUGUCGAGAUGGCAUCUUCGAGGCCGGCUACGGUGACUACACGAAGUAUAGCUACGGCCCAUACCCAUCCGAGGAAAGCUUUGACGAAGGAAUCAUCCAAGCUUUGCGAGAUCGAAUGCCCCCGAAAGUGCUCGAAGGUGAACAUGACAUGGAGUCUAACUUUUUCAACACCGAUUACAUACUAUACCAGACGGUCCGAGGUCUCAAAAACCACAAGAUCGUGUUUACACAUGGGGAUUUACAUCCGGGGAAUAUCCUUGUUCGGGCCGAUGGCAGUGUUGUUCUACUGGACUGGGGUCUAGCUGGAUUUUGGCCGGAGUAUUGGGAGUUCUACCGUGCCAUGCAUACUCCACACUGGAGAGCCUCAUGGGAUCGCAUGGUGGAGAAAUUUAUUCCACCUUUUUAUGUUGAGUAUAGCGUGAUUAAAAAGGUAUUCGCGACCGCGUGGAAUUAA